UCCAGUUGUCGACUGCGAGGUUUCGUCAUGGGAACCUUGGAGCGAAUGUGAUGCCGACUGCGGAACAGGCAUGAUGACGCGCCGUCGGGUGGUGGUGAGACAGCCCGAAAAUGGAGGCAAGCACUGUCCGUCUCUGGUUCAGAAAAGAGGCUGCCUUGGGUCUCAGUGUCCGCACGAUCCCAGGAGUGCUCUGAAAGAAACAGCAAUGUUGUUACCAGUUUCACUAUCGCUGAGUCGGAAAAUUAACGAGACGUCGGACAUCCGACGGAAUUUGAGGUUCAGAUACCCCAAAGAUCCAGCCGAGAAUUUCAACAAAGAGUACUGUGUUCUCUUUGAAGUUACGAAAGCAAAGAAAGCUUGCCGGAAAGAAGCUGAAUUCUCGUCGUUAAGGGAAGGCGAGCGAGUGUGCGUGCGGUGCGAGAGCCAGGCGAUGCGGCCGGCGCUGGGCUACCGGUGUCCGGGCCACGGGACGAUGGACCGGACGACGCGCUGGGCGGCCCUGGCGGCGCCUCACUGCCACGGCAAGUGGGUCCGCCUCGACAUGGGACUCAACGCCCUCGAGUACGACGACACCUCCUGCUCCGCCUGCGAGAAGGGACCCAAGUUCAUCUUCGUCUAGUCCCCGCACACGCCCACCCGACUCUACCGUG